GGUGAAAUGAGAGUUGCGCUACUGGCUACUGUAUAUACUAUGGUUUAGUAUCACCAGUAAACAACGUUAAUAAAUUUAUUGCACCAUUUCGCACAAUUUUGUGAAUAUCUGUCAGUGUAUUUAGAUAUUUAAAGGUUCCGUUAUUAUAACCGAAAAUGAGUAAAGCACAUCCACCAGAACUUAAGAAAUAUAUGGAUAAAAGACUAUCCCUAAAGUUGAAUGGGGGCCGGCGCGUUGUUGGAAUAUUAAGAGGUUUUGAUCCAUUCAUGAACAUGGUUAUAGAUGAAAGUAUAGAAGAAUGCAAGGAUGGUACUAAGAACAAUAUAGGAAUGGUGGUAAUUCGUGGCAACAGCGUCAUAAUGUUAGAAGCUUUGGAUCGAAUAUAACAUAUAUGUAUUUUACUAGAACUUAUCUCUAUCUUAUCUGUAUCUUAAACAAGUAUAUAUUUUAAUAAAUC